AUGCACGAUGAAGGACGGAAUUCAGAGAGCUUGGGGAGGAGAGCAGAACAACCAGCAUUGAUGAACAAAGAAGGAAUGGUGGUGGUGGCUGCAGAGCCUCCAGUUCGAGCUGUUCGCAAGAGGCAUCACACACUUACCCACUCGGACAAUACU